AAAGGUCAGCAAACCUCACACGGAAUCAAAAUGGCGGCGUCCAGGGGUUGUUUUGGCGUUUGUCGACAGCAUCGGACAAUCUUGUGCCUUUACCUCGUCUCCACCGUGGCCUUUCUGGGACUCUGCAGCGUCGCGAGAGCCAGACCUCUGGAGCAGAAGAACAAGAGCACGUCCAAGCACGGCGAGGACGACAAGCUGAGCCCGCCGGACCACCUGGACGCGGUGCGGAUGGAGCGGGACGGACACCUGAACAGGGACUUCCACCAGGAAGUUUUUCUCGGGGAAGAGAAGGAUGACAUCGAACAGAUCCCGCACCACGUCAUCGACGACAGGCUCAAGGAUAUCUUCAAAAGGAUAGAUGUGGAUACGGACGGCCUCCUCACACAACAGGAGCUCCAGGACUGGAUCCUGAGGAAAACACAGGAACAUUUCCAGGAAGCUGAACAGGAGAACAACAAACACUUCCAGGAAGUGGACCAGAACCAUGAUGGUACACUACACUGGGACGAGUACCGGCUGCAGUUCCUGGAGAGUCGCGGGUACGACAGGGACAAGGUCAUGGAGGUCAUCGAACAAGACACUGAGAUUGAGAUGGACGUGGAUGAUGAAGAGGAUCUGGAGAGGGACCAUGACAGGUUUCUCCAGGCAGAUGAGGACCCGCGGGAUGAGCUGCUGAAUGAGAAAGAGUUCCUGGCCUUCCGCCACCCUGAACACAGCAGCAGUAUGCUCAGUCUCAUGGUGCAGGAGAUACUGCAUGACUUAGAUCAGAACGGUGACCAGAUCCUGACCCUGCUGGAGUUUGUGUCCAUGCCGUACGGAGCUAAGGUACAGGAGGUGGAGGACAGUAAGGACACCUGGGUCAUCGAGCGCAGGCAGGAGUUCAAGGAGGUCAUGGACACAGACGGGGACGGCAAGGUCACACUCACCGAACUAGAGGCCUACAUGGAUCCGCGCAGCGACCAACAGGCGCUGAACGAGGCACGACAGAUGAUCCGAGUCGCGGACGCCAACAACGACGGGAAACUUUCGCUGGCCGAAAUCCUGGACAACUGUCAGUUCUUCAUCGGAAGCAAGAUGGCAAACUAUGCAAAAGUCGUGCACGAAGAGUUCUGAGAGGGUCCCCUUCACUAUUACAUCACUGCUAGGGGAUAUCUGAGGACAUGUACAAAAUGUUUAUGUCA